CGAUUAUCACGUACUCUUCAGACACUUGCAACAACUUCAACUUCAUCCUCAGCGCCCGCGCCAUUCUUCACUCCUUCAUCCCCAUCCCCUUAUCCACCAUCUCCCUAUCCUGCUCUCCUCCUCUCCCUACCACCAGCCCCAUCCCAUCCCCAUCCCCGCCAAAGGCCAAAAAAGAGCACCACCACUCUCUUCCCACCUUCACCUCCUCCCCCCGCACCACCAACCCAGCACCCCUCCACCUCAGGCACCCCCUCCCUCCUCCCCCCGCAAACGGACACUCUCUUAGCACCGGAGGACAACCACAGGAAAUGGACCGUUUGUACUGCUGCGAGUGGGAUGCCUAAGCAUGGGGGUGCGUGUGUACCGCGAGGGGGUGGGGUGGUACAAGUAGGAGAAGACUGUUAUUUCGUACUACCCGACUCCAUGGGCAUAUCAGACGGCGUCGGAGGCCUCAAAGGACCAAGGUGCAACCCAGGCCUCUUCGCUCUCAGUCUCAUUUCUCAUGCGGCGUCGCUCAUGUCACCUUCGGUGGCGGGGUCGACGAGUGAGUUGUUGGCUCCGACGGGGGAGGGGGGGAAGUGUCUGGUGGGCGCUGGUUAUGAGGCGAGGGGUGCGGCCUUGAAUGCCGCUGCUUCUGCGUCGACAGCAUCUCCAACUCCAACACCGACAACCUCAACCCCAUCCCCAUCCCCAUCCCCGGCAUCCCAACCCCACCUUCCCCCCGCCUCCCCCUCCCCCUCACCAGCACCCCCUCCCCCCCGCACCCCCCUAGACCCCCACCCAGCCCUCCUAACCUCCACCUCGCUAACCCUAUCCGCAUUCGCCCUUGCCAACCUCCAGGGCAGCGCUACCUGCACUUUGGCGCGAUUGGAUGAGGAGGGGAGGUUGAGGGUUGCUCAUGUGGGGGAUUGUGUGCUUUGGUGUGUUAGGAGGGAGGGGGAGGUGGGGGGGACCGCAGGGGCGGGGGUGGGAAUGGGGGUGGGGGCGGCAGGAGUGGGGAUAACAGCGCCGACGGCGAUGGGGAUGGGGAUGACGAGUGCAGCGCCUGCACCGGCAGUAGCAGCAACACCAACACCAACACUGUCGGGAAGAGUACCAGUAGGGAUGACCACUCUACCCCCACCCUCACGGGCAACGGCAACAACAAGGCCAGCAGCAGCAGCAGUACUAUCAACAACAUCAACGCUGCCGCCGCCGCUACCAUCAGCAGCACCAGCAGCAACAGUCCCAACAGCCCUCCAACCCAACUCCAACUCCAACUCCAACCCUAACUCCUACAAGCUCAAAAUCGUCUUCCGUACGCCGGCGAUGCAGAAAGGGUUUAACAGGCCGGCGCAGGUCUCCACACCCGUGUCCGUGUCAAAGCCUGUGUCUGUGGCUAGGCCUGUGUCGAAGUCUGUGGCUAUACCGGUGGCUGCACCUUCGCCGGUGGCCACAUCCGCACUGGUGGGUGCGACUGGGACUGGGCAAGAGCAGGCGCUUGGACAAGGGCAAAGGCAGGGGAUUGCGCUCGGGCAGGAGGGGGGGAUGGGGCUUGCGGACGGCGAUGGGGACGGCGAUGGGGACGGCGGCGGUUUCACUCUCUGGGGAUGGGAGUGA